AUGGAAGGGGAUAGUCAACAGUAUGGUGGAAGCAACGACAAAAAAUCAAAAGGAGGGAAAAAGAAAUCCAAAGUGGAAAAUGUUACUGCAAAUACCGUGGAUGUUAGAGGUGCUAAAUACUACUCAAGAGAUUGGAGUAAAACUGAAGGUGCUGUUUAUAAGGAGGUUACUAACCAAGGAAACAAGGGUGUAAUUCGGAAAGAAGAUUGUGAAUGCGCAAAGAGGACAAACAAAAAGGAUCCAUGCGCUAGAAAGAUAAUGAGAAAAGAAGUACCUGUUUUGAAGAUUGAGGAUCUGGUGUCAAUUACAGAGGUCAACGAAGAAGAGUUGAUCAAAUUAGUGGAUACUGGUCCUGUAAUAGUGAGUUUACAAGCUACAGAUGAGUUAAGAUCUCAUAUUGGAGAAGGGAUUUACUAUGGACCGAAAACGUCUAAGAAACCUAGAGGUGAUCACGUGGUUUUACUGGUGGGCUACAACAGCUUAAAUGGUAAUCAUUAUUGGAUAAUACAAAAUUCAUGGGGCACUACUUGGGGAGAUGGAGGAUUCGCGAAGAUAAGUAGGGCUUGUAGCCGUGUUGGCUGCCAAAACCAAAGUCUGUUUUCUGAAAUUGUUUAUCCUUUGGUGUCUACAGUUGAUGGUUUCAAGUGA